AUGGAUAAACCGGAGCCUGCCGGGAAUCCAGUUGAUGCUGGUGUUCUCGCUGGUGACGGCAGACCUUCGUACUGGCUGGACGCGUGUGAGGAUAUUUUGUGUGAUGAUUAUUUGAUUGAUUUUGAGCCGACGCCGACCCCGACCCCAGUGGCGUCGGCUCUUGUACCCGAACCGCUAUCUGAAGGAGGCUGUCACGACCCGGGAUUCUUUGGCGGGAUUGAUCAGAUUUUCGACCGCAUAAAAAAUGGAGGAGCUGAUUUGCUGCUUCAGGAGAAUGAUGGAAACAACCAGAGUGAGUUUUUUCCUGGUUCCUCAUCCGGGCAGGCAUGUGUCGAGGAUCAAAUCCAGCAAAACUCGGCAGCUAAGCAUGAAGUUCUCAAUUCAAAUGGAAAACGGCCUUCUGAGUGUAGCAACGGGCUAAGAGGCGAAAAAAAUGACUCUGGAAAAAGGCCUCCCGAGCUUCAUGACAGGGCAUUUCAAGGUAGGGGUAUGCAGAGGGAGAGGAAGAUUUGGGAUAGGACUCCCUGGAGAAAGAGGCAGCGUGAGUGGGACCAUGCGGAGGGUGAGGGGCAGACAAGAGAUCGCCAGAGAAGACGAGAGCGUUAUGGUGCGGGCGGCCGGAAGGGCAGGGAGUGCAGGGAGGGGAGGGGUUACUGGGAACGGGAAAAGGAGACGAACGAAGUGGUUUUCCAUGCGGGUGCAUGGGAAUCUUCCCGAAAUAGGGAUGAUAAGGGCUCCCAGAAGAGCACCAAAUGUGCUACCGGAAGCUCAGAAGAGAAGAAAGAGGACCGGCCCAAGGAGAAAUUUGUGGAGGAGGUGGCUCGCCAUUACCAGUUGGAAGUUCUUGAGCAUGCCAAGAAAAGAAACACGAUUACAUUCCUUGAGACAGGGGCUGGGAAGACACUAAUUGCCGUGCUCCUCAUGAAAAGUGUGAGCGCUGAAUUGGAAAAACAGAACAAGAAAAUGCGGGCAGUCUUUUUGGUGCCUAAAGUUCCUCUUGUUUAUCAGCAAGCAGAAGUGAUCCGGGAGCGUACGAGUUUUCAAGUUGGCCAUUACUGUGGGGAGAUGGGUCAAGAUUUCUGGGAUGCUCGGAGGUGGCAGCGUGAGUUUGAGAGUAAACAGGUUUUAGUGAUGACGGCUCAAAUUCUUCUCAACAUACUCAGACACAGUAUUAUAAAGAUGGAAGCUAUCAGUCUUCUUAUUUUGGAUGAGUGUCAUCAUGCUGUGAAGAAACAUCCUUAUUCCCUAGUGAUGUCCGAGUUCUAUCACACUACAGCAAAAGAGAAGAGGCCAUCAGUUUUUGGGAUGACCGCUUCUCCUGUGAACUUGAAGGGUGUUUCAAGCCAAGUAGAUUGUGCUGUAAAGAUACGUAACCUGGAAACUAAACUAGACUCGGUGGUUUGUACUAUAAAAGACCGUAAGGAGCUGGAGAAACAUGUGCCGAUGCCUUCAGAAUUAGUAGUGGAGUAUGACAAAGCAGCUAGUUUAUGGUCCCUGCAUGAACAAAUCAAACAGAUGGAACAGACUGUUGAAGAAGCUGCUCGGUCAAGUUCAAGAAAAAGUAAGUGGCAAUUCAUGGGAGCAAGAGAUGCUGGAGCAAAGGGAGAGCUCCGCCAAGUUUAUGGGGUUUCUGAACGGACUGAAAGUGAUGGUGCUGUUAAUUUGAUCCAAAAAUUGAGGGCCAUCAACUAUGCACUUGGUGAACUGGGACAGUGGUGUGCUUACAAGGUUGCACAAGCUUUUCUGACUGCUUUGCAGAAUGAUGAGAGGGCAAACCAUCAACUUGACGUCAAGUUUCAAGAGUCAUACUUACACAAAGUUGUCUCCCUUUUGCAAUGUCAUCUGACAGAAGGAGCUAUCAUGGAGAAUAAUACUGGAGGCACUGACAACACAGAAAAUAAUGCUGCAGAGGAGAAUGGGGCUGAUGAGCCUGAGGAGGGGGAACUUACUGACAGUCGUGUUGUCUCUGGUGGAGAGCAUGUUGAUGCGAUUAUUGGAGCUGCUGUUGCUGAUGGAAAAGUGACUCCAAAAGUGCAGUCAUUGAUGAAAAUACUCUUGAAAUAUCAGCACACUGAGGAUUUCCGUGCUAUAAUCUUUGUGGAGCGUGUUGUGACCGCCUUAGUUCUUCCUAAGGUUUUUGAAGAGCUUCCAUCACUGAGUUUUGUCAAAUCUGCAAGUUUGAUUGGGCACAACAACAGUCAAGAAAUGCGAACCAGCCAAAUGCAAGAUUCGAUUGCCCGAUUCAAAGAUGGUCGUGUGACUGUUUUAGUUGCCACUAGCGUUGCUGAGGAGGGACUUGAUAUUAGGCAAUGCAAUGUUGUCAUUCGCUUUGAUCUUGCCAAAACUGUUCUGGCCUAUAUUCAGUCCAGAGGCCGUGCCAGAAAACCUGGAUCAGAUUACAUCUUGAUGGUCGAGAGAGAAAACUUGUCCCACGUAGCUUUCUUAAAGAAUGCUAGGAUAAGUGAGGAGACAUUGCGGAAAGAAGCCAUUCAGAGGACUGACAUUAGUCAUAUCAAGGAUACCAGCAGCAUGAAUUCUGCAGAGGCGCUAGCUGAUUCUGUGUACCAGGUGGAGUCUACUGGUGCUGUGGUAAGCUUAAAUUCUGCCGUUGGACUUAUCCACUUCUACUGCUCCCAGCUUCCCAGCGAUCGGUAUUCAAUUCUUCAUCCGGAGUUUAUUAUGGAGCGUCAUGAAAAGCCUGGCAGUCCUACUGAGUAUUCGUGUAAGCUUCAACUUCCCUGUAAUGCGCCAUUCGAGGAACUGGAGGGACCUCUAUGCAAAUCCAUGCGCCUUGCGCAACAGGCGGUUUGCUUGGCUGCUUGCAAGAAACUCCACGAAAUGGGUGCAUUUACUGACAUGCUGCUGCCAGAUAAGGGAGUUGGUGGAGAAAUGAACAAAAUUGAGCAAAAUGAUGAGGGUGAUCCUCUUCCUGGAACUGCCAGGCAUAGAGAAUUUUAUCCUGAAGGAGUAGCUGAUGUUCUCCAGGGAGAGUGGAUAUUAUCUGGGAAAGACUCUGAUGACUCCAAGUUGUUUCGUCUUUACAUGUACUCAGUCAAAUGUGAAAAUGUUGGCUUCUCCAAAGAUCCCCUAUUAGCUCAAGUUUCAAAGUUUGCAAUAUUGUUUGGCAAUGAAUUGGAUACGGAGGUGUUAUCAUUAUCGAUGGAUCUAUUCAUUGCUCGAUCUAUGAUAACGAAGGCAUCUCUUGUGUUUAAUGGGCCAGUAGAAAUUCGAGAAACUCAGUUGGUGUUGCUAAAAAGCUUUCAUGUACGGCUGAUGAGCAUUGUGCUUGAUGUGGAAGUUGAACCAUCCAACACUCCUUGGGACACUGCAAAGGCAUACUUAUUUGUUCCUUUGGCUGGAGGUCAAUCUUCAGAUCCUAUGACUUAUAUUGACUGGGCUCUAGUUGAUAAGGUUUCAAAUACAGAUGCAUGGGCCAAUCCUCUUCAGAGGGCCCGGCCAGAUGUUUACCUUGGCACUAAUGAGCGGACACUUGGUGGGGAUAGAAGAGAAUAUGGAUUUGCAAAAUUACGUAAUGGCAUGGCUUUUGAACAGAAAUCCCACCCUACCUAUGGGAUUAGAGGAGCUGUUGCACAGUUUGAUGUGGUAAAAGCAUCUGGAUUAGCACCUAAACGGGAUGUUAUUGAACACCACAAGGUUGACUUAACAAUAGGAAAACUGACGAUGGCUGAUUCCUGUGUCGAAGCAGAGGAUCUGGUCGGGAAAAUAGUUACAGCUGCUCAUUCUGGAAAGCGAUUCUAUGUAGAUUCUGUUCGAUUUGAGAUGACAGCAGAGAACUCAUUCCCGAGGAAAGAAGGUUACCUUGGUCCUCUGGAGUACAGUUCUUACGCCGAUUACUAUAAGCAAAAGUACGGGGUAGAUUUGGUUUUCAAACAGCAACCUCUAAUUAGAGCCCGUGGAGUUUCAUACUGCAAGAAUCUUUUGUCUCCUCGAUUUGACCACUCGGAUGGUCGUGAUAGUGAGUCCGAAGAGAUUCAGGAGAAGAUCUAUUAUGUCUUUCUCCCUCCUGAACUCUGUUAUGUGCAUCCCCUCCCUGGAUCACUGGUUAGAGGGGCUCAAAGAUUGCCAUCUAUCAUGAGAAGGAUUGAAAGCAUGUUGCUCGCUGUGCAGCUUAAGGAUAUCAUUGGAUACCCUGUUCCCGCUACAAAGAUUUUGGAAGCGUUGACUGCAGCUUCAUGUCAGGAGACUUUUUGUUAUGAAAGAGCAGAGCUCUUAGGAGAUGCUUACCUGAAAUGGGUUGUCAGUAGAUUCCUUUUCCUUAAAUACCCUAAGAAACACGAGGGCCAGCUUACUAGGAUGAGACAACAAAUGGUGAGCAACAUCAUACUUUAUCAGUUUGCAUUAGGAAAGGGGCUUCAGUCAUACAUACAGGCAGAUAGAUUUGCCCCAUCCAGAUGGGCCGCACCUGGUGUGCUUCCCAUCUUUGAUGAGGACACCAGGGAAGAAGAAUCAUUUCUAUUCGAGUCCGAAGUUGAUUCUAAUGGGACUUCGAGUAAAACGAUCCACGACAGUGAUAUAUACGAAGAAUACGAAUUCGAAGAUGGAGAACUUGAAAGCGACUCGAGCUCAUACCGUGUGCUGUCUGGGAAAACCCUGGCCGAUGUCGUCGAGGCUUUGAUUGGCGUAUAUUAUGUCGAGGGCGGAAAACAUGCUGCUAACCACCUAAUGAAAUGGAUCGGUAUCGAUAUAGAAUUUGACUUGACAGAUAUGAGUCGCUUGAUUAAACCUGGUGAUGUUCCCAACAGUGUACUGAGGACCAUCGAUUUUGAUUCUUUAGAAGGUUCCUUGAACCUCAAGUUCAACGAGAAGGGUUAUUUGGUGGAGGCCAUAACUCAUGCGUCUCGGCCGUCUUCUGGAGUGUCUUGUUAUCAACGGCUGGAAUUUGUUGGUGAUGCUGUAUUGGAUCAUCUCAUCACGAAGCACCUCUUCUUCACGUACACGAAUUUGCCCCCGGGACGCUUGACCGACUUGAGAGCUGCUGCUGUGAAUAACGAGAAUUUUGCACGUGUAGCUGUGAAACAUAACCUUCACAUACACCUUCGUCAUGGGUCGACUGCCCUUGAGAAACAGAUUCGGGAUUUCGUGAAAGAGGUUCACGACGAACUUUUGAAACCUGGCUUUAACUCUUUUGGUUUGGGGGAUUGCAAAGCUCCUAAAGUUCUUGGAGAUAUUGUAGAGUCAAUUGCUGGUGCUAUCUUUCUUGACAGAGGAUGUAAUACUGCAGCUGUUUGGAAGGUCUUCCAACCUUUGUUGAACCCAAUGGUUACCCCUGAAACACUCCCGAUGCAUCCUGUUCGAGAAUUACAAGAAAGAUGCCAGCAACAAGCUGAAGGUCUAGAAUAUAAAGCCACCCGAAGUGGAAACUUGGCCACUGUGGAAGUAUACAUUGACGGUGUUCAGGUUGGCAUUGCUCAUAAUGCCCAAAAGAAAAUGGCACAGAAAUUGGCAGCCAGAAAUGCUCUUGCUGCUUUGAAAGAAAAAGAGUCGGCUGAGGCCAAAGAGAAGGAGAACGGGGAGGAUGACGGGAAAGAUAAGAAGAAUGGGGGCCCAACUUUUACAAGACAAACGUUGAAUGACAUUUGCUUGCGUAGAAAUUGGCCGAUGCCCCUAUACAGGUGUGUGCACGAAGGCGGUCCUGCACACGCUAAAAGAUUUACAUUCUCUGUACGCGUGAAUACUUGUGAUAAAGGAUGGACAGACGAAUGCAUUGGUGAGCCGAUGCCAAGUGUCAAGAAAGCGAAAGAUUCUGCUGCUGUUCUGCUCCUUGAGCUCCUGAACAAAUGGUACGUGUCGUGA